UAUCGAGUCAAAACUUUCGUGGCUAAGGUAACACACUACUCUGGUGAGAGGAUCAAACGUCUUAUCUCAACUGUGAGGACACGGGCAUAUUUUAGACACCCAAAGCGGAAAAGGACGAAAUUAUUGUGUUCAUGAGCUCCGAGGUCGGAUAUCACUAUUUUUGCGCAUUAAAAAGAUAUAGCCGCGUCCAGGGUGGCUCCAAAGAGCUAAGAGCGGGAUGGAUGUUUCUCCUUAUGAGCCUCGGGUAGACAUGUGAUUUCUUACGCACCAGAUCGAUGCGAAUUUUUACGCACCACCGAAAAUUAGAGACUCGAAACACGGAAGAAGUGUGUCGCGUCCAGAAAGGCGCUAUAAUGAUGCAGCAUCCUCUGGAGAUCGGUGCACACUAUUACCCCGCGGAGGCACAGCAGGACCACCGGUCUCACCGGUACAGAAGCUUCAUGAUUGAGGAGAUCCUCACCGAGCAUCCGGACCACAAGGCCUCCCCUCCUGCAGGAGAUUUACUAAAAUUCGGAGUACAUGCGCUUUUGUCGGCACGACCGUAUCCAAAUCACCUAGUGCUGAAGGCAGAGCAGAGCGGCCUGCUGAAGUUCCCCGUGUCCCCGCUGUCAUGUUCUCUUGGGCCGCCUCUCGGCUCUGCUCUGCUCCCCGGGCCUCCAGGGCUCGGUGUUGGCUCAGCCUCGCACCAUCUGCCACUCGAUCUUCACCUACGUGGAAAACUCGAACCCGGAGCCGAGGCGCUCAGCAAAACCAAGAAAGGCAGAAGGAGCAGAACCGUGUUUACCGAGCUCCAGCUAAUGGGUCUGGAGAAGAGAUUCGAAAAACAGAAAUACCUCUCGACCCCGGACAGAAUAGACCUGGCUGAGUCUUUAGGCCUCAGUCAGCUGCAGGUCAAAACGUGGUAUCAAAACAGAAGAAUGAAAUGGAAAAAAAUCGUGUUGCAGGGAGGAGGGCUGGAGUCCCCCACCAAACCGAAAGGGCGGCCAAAAAAGAACUCCAUCCCUUCCGGUGAGCAGCUUUCCGAACAGGAGAAAGAGAGGACACGGGAGGCCGAGGGCGCAUCUUCAUCCUCUUCGUCAUCAUCAUGCUCUUCAUCUUGUUCUGGCCAGUCUGAACCCAGUCAAGAGGAAUAAACGCUUCAAAUUUAAGGAUGCACAGGCUAAUGACCUCUCAUGGAUUGUUUCUUGUCGAAAUCGACGUUUUGGCACUUAAAAACUGAUUCAGUCAAGUGGACCGAAAAUAUGUUUCCAUUAUGUUAAAAAAAAUAUAAUGGACGCCUGUUUAAUCUUGUUCAUCUCUUUAUCAGAAAUUCAGAGCAGGAUUGAGAAGAUUGGUCUCUCACGUAUAAUUAACACUUUACAUUGGAGACGUCGCUUCGCAAAGACAGUCUUUCUGCAAUUCUAGUGCUCCGUGGUUUAACUAUGUAUGAAUCAUUUGAUUUAAAAAAAAUUAAAUGCUCUUUUUACAGAGA